UGGAGGGGUGAAGACGGUGGAGAGACUUCGGGAAGAGGCAGAGGAACAGAAUCUGUUUCACUCCGCUCAGUAAGAAAGGAGAAUCUCGAGGGAAGUGAAGAGGAUCAGAGCAGAGUGACACAGUAGGUUAGAGGUUCGAUCACCAGGGAGGUGGCGUGAGGCUGCAGUCGGGCUGAGCUGACUUUUCUCCAGAGGAGGAGUUGCAGUUGCUGGCCAGGGCUGGUCCCAGAGCCGGCAGGGCUGGUCCUACUGCUUCUCCACCUCCAUUCCAUCCUCCUCUUCUUACUCCUCCUUCUUCCCCCUAUAAACAUCAACUUCACUGCUGUGCAGUGAUGAACAUACGGGCAGAGCCUGUGAACGACGGACGAAUGCUCAGAAAAAGCUGCUCCGGCUCCUCAAGUUCAGAGAAACUUCAAAGGUGAAUCGGCCUCCAUCGCUGCCCCGCCGUUUCCUCGCGGACUGUGUUUUUGCGCUCACUGGCUGAGUGCACCGAGACACUGAGGGGGCUUUUCACGCACCCUGUCAUUUAUUCUUUGUGUUGUUGUUUUUUGUAAGACGGAACACUGGCGAGCUUUUCAGUAGCACGGUGCAAGGACCAGCUGCACUCACCCAGGAUGAGCCGCUGGCUGAAAUGCACCUCCACGCACUUUAACACAGACUGGAACAAGUAUGAUGACCGGCUGAUGAAGGCGGUGGAACGUGGCGAGGUGGACAAGGUGGCCACCGUUCUAGGCAAGAAAGGUGUCAUCCCCACGAAGCUGGACGUGGAGGGACGUUCUGCCUUUCAUUUGGCUGCAACACGAGGUCACCUCGACUGUCUCACUCUCAUGUUGGGUCAUAAUAUCGACAUCACUGCGACCGACGCCACCGGGAAAAAUGCGCUUCAUCUGGCUUCAAGGAACGGACAGUCUCUGUGUGUGCAGAAACUCUUACAGCAUAAUUGUCCAGUUGGAAAUGUGGACCUACAGGGGAGAACGGCUCUACACGACGCUGUGAUGGCCGGCUGCUCCUCCAGCCUGAAGCUUCUCUGUGACAGCAGUGCUUCUGUCAAUGCAGCUGAUUUUGAUGGACGGACACCUCUCGUGCUGGCCACCCAGAUGUGUCACCCACACAUCUGUCAGCUGCUGCUGGAGCGAGGCGCUGACAUCACGCUCCGUGACAAACAAAACAAGACGGCGCUGAUUCUGGGCUGUGAGUACAGCUGUAAGGACGCAGUGGAACUCUUGCUGAAGAGCGGCGCUGAUGUGAAGGCGGUUGACAACUUGGACCACGAUCCAUUUCAUUACGCUCGCCUAAGCAAGAACCAGGAACUUGUUGCGUUGGUUAAAAGCUACCUGGACAAAGCCAACAGAGAAAAAGAAGCUGCCAAACAGUGGAUGCGACAGCUUUCAGUAGAGAUGUCUGAGGCAGCUGAAGACAGCAUACGAGAUCACAUCAUACAAGACCUGGAGAUGCAGAACGAGAACCUGCAGGAGACUCUCAGGAAGUUCCAACAGGAGCAGAGGUCUCUGUUGGACAGGGUCAGCAUGCUCCAGCAGCAGCUCACACAGGAGAAGAUGGUGGUGAAGGACACUCAGAAAGAGAAGGACCAGUUGAAGGUUUUACUUGGUGCCAAAGAGGAAGGUGGCCGAGGCUCGGAGACGGUCAGGGUCCAGCUCCGGAGCACUCUGGGUGACUACUCUGGUCAGUCGGUUAUCAAAGGUAAAGAGAAUAUUUUGGUCAAGCAAGCUGUCAGUUUGGAUUUGGAUCCGAUGCCACACAAUCCUCCUGUGUCACGUUCACUGUCGCGACCUUUAGAGAAGACCCCAACCGCUGUACCGCGGGACCUCAAUGGUGAGCUAGAUGCACUCAGACGUGAACUUGAAGCAGUCAGAAGAAAACAGCAGGCAGCAGAGGAAGAGACCACCCGGCUUCAGACUGCCCUAAAUCAUAAAAAUCUUGAGUGCCAAGAACUGGUUCAGAGCCGAGAUGCCAUACAGAAGCAGGCUGACCACCAGGUUCAAGAACUAGAGGAUGCCUUGGGGGACGUCCAGAAGAGAAUGCUAGAUUCUGAGUGCAAGGUCAAGCAGCUACAAGCCCACGUGGUCGCUGUCAAGGAACAUUUAGGAGGUCAGACCACAGAAGAACUCCGUGCCCAACUCCAGGAUGUCAAGGCCAAGUAUGAAGGUGCUUCAACUGAAGUGGGUCGGGUUCGUAACCGCCUCAAACAGAGUGAGAAGGCUUUGGAGGAAUACAAGAGCAGUGAGAGUCAGCUAGCCGCCGAAGUAGAAAAACUGAACCAGGUGUUGGAAACUCUAACCGCAGAAAGGGAUGAACUCGCAGAAACCCUCUUAGAUGUGGAAAACCAGUUGAAGGAGGCCAAGACAAAACAUGUUAACAUGGUACCAGCUGCCAAAUUCGACAACAUGAAAAACCUCCUGACAAAUGCUGUUGAUGAGAAAGACCGGCAGCUUGCUGAGCUGAGGGAAGACUACGAUCGCGUGCUCGAAGAGGUGGCAGAGCUUCAUCAAAAGCUUGACGAUCCAUUAUCACAGAGAAGAGCUGGGAUGGUGUCUGCAGAGGAGCAUGAAGGGCUAAAGAAGGUUCUCGAAGAAGAGAAUGUGACAUUAAAAAGAAGGCUCUUGGAUGUGACUGCCAAAAGCCAGGUCUUAAUUCAAGAGGUUGAAGAGAGCGAGGAAGCUAGAGCUGUGUUGCAGGAGCAGCUGGAUGAACUCAGCAGCAGGAUUGAGGUGGAAUUUAUACCAGUGAAAGACCACGAGGACUCCAGGAAGAACAUGGUAAAUGCUGUGGAAGAGUUGAAGGACAAGUUGGUGGAAGUCGGAGAACGAUGUGGGAAAGCAGAGGCCCAAGUGCAGCACCUUCAGACCGAGAGAGACUCGAUGGAGAAGAAUAUUAGUCAUCUCCAGAGUGUCCUGAUGAGACAGAAGAGUGAAGUGGAAGCUCUAAAGUCCCAGAAUGCUGAUGCAGUGAAGGAAGUUGAAUGUCUGCAAAAGAGGUGUGAAGACGAGGAAAAUCUGCGCCUGCAGCUGUCGGCACAGAGCGAAAAACUCAAACGGAGCUUGGACAUCGAGUAUGUGCCCAGACACCAGCAUGAGCACAUAACUACGCACUUAAGUUCCACUCUGGAGAGUGUCCAGGCUGAGAAGUUGAAGUUGGAGACUAAGGAGAAGGAAAGUGGAGAAGCGUUGAGGAAUGUGAUGGAAGAAAAUCACAAGUUGAAACAGAAGUUGGAUAAAGUUGUGUUGGAAAUGAAAACUGACUACGUAACCGUGAAAGAUCACAAAGCUACCGCGGACAAGUUGACGGCUGCUGCGGUCGAGGCGGAGAAUCGAGCAAACGAAAUGUCGGCAAAGUAUGAAGUGUCCAAGGAUGAAACCCUGAAGCUCACCCAAGAAUUGGAGGCCCAGAAGAAGGAACUGGAUACAAUACAGGAGGCGAUCCAGUGUAGGUUUAUGCCUUUGACUGCUGUUGAGGAAAAAGAAACCUCUUACAGCGCCCAGAUGAAGGACUUAACAGCCAGAUUACUGGAAAUGGAGGAAAACUAUAAUAAGGAGAAGUUUGCUGGAGAGUGCUACAAACAGGACAAAGCUAAGUUACAAACUGAGCUGGAAUCUCUUCAACAAAGAUUCGUUCAACGUGAAAAACGCACAGAACUGGAAGAAGAGUCCAAAGACAAACUUGAGGAAUUGUGUCUGAAGUUCACUGCCCUCGAGCAGCAACACAAGGACGUAAUACUUCAGUGGGCUGAGCUCCAAGACCAGAACGCUCUGUGCAACACGCAGAUCCAGAACCUCCAGGAACGUCUAAAAUCCGAGCUGACUCGGAUCGCAACGUACGACUCCGAGCUUAAAGCGCUCCAUGACGCCAUGCAGGGAGCACAGGCCGACUGUAAGAAAGCCAGAGAGGCUCAUCAGGAGGAGACCCAGAAGGUUUGUGCCUUGCAGAAAGAGCUUUCCACCCUCCAAGUGCACGCCAAGGCCAAGGAAGCCCUGGAGGCCGAAUUGGAUAAACUUCAUAUGGAGCUCCGUGAGGAGGAAGAGAGCAAUGCUCAGAGGGCUGAAGACGUGUCUGCCCUGCAGUCGGAGCUCCUUCAGGCCACCCAGGCGCUCGAGGAGCUUCAGUAUAAGGAAGAUCAAAUGAACCAGCUGAAGAAGGACAAGCAGCAGCUGCAGGAGGAGGUCGCCAACGUGAGCAACAGACUGCUGAGCUUAACGGAUGAGUGUGAAGAGGCUCAUCGGGAGGCGGCUGAAGCCAAGGAGGGUGAGAGCAAGGCCAGGACAGAGAUGGAGACGGUCCGGCAGAAGGGAUGUGGCAUCGAAAGAGAAGUCCAGGAGCUGAAAGAGCGGUACGACGAGUCCCUCAGCACCAUCUGUGAGCUCCAGAAGAGAAUCCAGGCAUCAGCUCAGCAGACUGAAGCCAAAGACAAGAAGAUUACCGAGUUGCUGACGGAUGUUGAGCGACUGAAGCAGGCGCUGAACGGUUUGUCCCAGCUGGCGUACACAAAUAACGCACCCAACAAGAGACAAACGCAGCAUAUCGACACACUCCAGGUCCAGAUCAAGAGCCUACAGCAGCAGCUGGCUGAUGCAGAGAGGCAACACAGAGAAGUGGUUUCAAUUUAUCGAACUCAUCUUCUCAGCGCAGCUCAGGGCCACAUGGACGAGGACGUCCAAGCUGCCUUGCUACAAAUCAUCCGCAUGAGGCAGGAGUUUGUGUGUUGAAUGUGAUGAGUUUCCCUGUGGGUGUGUCCGUUCUGGUUGUCAUCCGAACGUGUCAUCGUGCUGUGUCUGGGUUCAACACGGGAAAAGUUUUUCAAAGUAAAUGUUUUCUUGAAACUUCAGUACAGCAAAUGAAAAUCGCAUUUACAUGAAACUGCUGUUUGCCGCUAGCUGUAGUUGGGCUGACUGGAGGAAUCAUAUCGACUUAAUCACUUAUCAAUAAACUCAUUAUGCUUGUUACUGUGGGAGUGACUGACGUGCAGGUCCAUUGUCAGAUUGCUCCUGAAAAACGGACACGAACACAAACACUACUUUUCACAUUCCCGCCUGUUAGCUGUCACACAGAAUGCUGCUGUGUUUGAAUGAAUUUAGCUUCGCGUGAUGCAGUGGGCACUGAUGUCUUCUGGAGGUCCAAACUGAACUGAAGUCCACCCCAUCUUCAAAAAAAAAAAAAAAAAAAAAGGAACCCAGACUCCUGGUGGUGUUGGUCGAUGGCUGAUAGUUGGCGCUGUUGGGUUUGGGUUGUGCUGCCUUUGAGUCGUAGCUGUGGAGUGGAGCUCUCUUGCUGUGUCCUACAGUUUGCAGUGACGCGUCGUCCUUGAAGACUUGGCAGGCCAAGUUGGUAGAAAAUAUAACUGAGUUCUUAGAAAAUGUCAUUACGUUGAUAGAAGUUGUUAUGUGUAUGUCUGAGGGGGCGGGCGGAUGUUGUUCUUAGAGGCAGAAAUGUAGAGUAUUUGAUACACAAAACUACAUAAUGCAACAAAUUAUCAAUUAUCAAAUCAGUUGAUUUUUUUUUCCAUUAUUAUUAUUAUCUCUGUGUCACAAAAGUACAAAGAGUUUUUCAUAUACUGAGGGGGCGUCUUCAAAUUGUUUUAUUAAUCACUGGUCCAACAGUUAUAUAUUGAAUUUAGUUUUUUUUUAUAAUUGAAAAAUGCUGAAAUUUGGACUGUUCCGGCUUCUCAGUUGCAAAAAAUCUGUUCCUUUAUUGUUCAAUAUAAGCUUGUUUUGACAUAUUUUAAGUUGGGCAGACUUGUGAAAACUGUUUUAAAAGGCUUUGAAUGUAUUUUAAACUGCUUUAAAGGAGGUAUUCAUUUUUUUCACCUGGUUUUACACAGUUUGACACAAAUUGAUAAUUUGAAUUGCAGUGGUUUGAAUUGCAGACAAUCUGGUUUUCACUCUAUUAAACUGUGUCCAAUGAUGGACUGGUUUAAAUGUACUAAUAAAUCACUUAAAAUGAGUUUUUAAAACAAAUAUUAGCCAUUUUAAAGUGGUUUAAAAUGGCACUAAACCAGUGUUAACUUUGUUUCAAUAAGCUUUAAACAGCAAUAAACUAGUUUUAAAACGAGUAACAACUGUGUUAAACUGGUUUUAAACAGCACUAAACUCAUGUUGAACUUGUUUUGAAAACUGCCCAACUUUGGGGUGAAAUGAUUUUGUCAGAUUUUAAAAUGUUCUACCUGAAGAAGAAUAACUAAGUUAUUUUGUGAACUGGACUUAAUUUUGUUUGUUGUUUUUUUUUUUUUUUUUUAACUGUUCUACAAUGACUAGUUUAAAGUACAUUCAAGCAACAUGGGUUUCAAAUGACCCAUGAACACGAAAUAGUUUUACGCAAAAUUGGUGAUAAACUGCUUUAAACUGGAUUUAAUUUGGCUAAAUGUGACAAAUCAGUUGUUAAAACCAGUUAAAUAUGUUUGUAAUUUGGGCUGUUGGGUUAAAAAAGUUCUUUGAAGAUGUUUCCUUAGUAUUUUGUGAUUGUUUAUAAAGUUGGGAUGUCCUGAUGUUGGUUUUAAGAACUCUGAAGUCUGAUGUGCAGUGUUUCAUCCUGACGGCUUUAACGUCGCCAUUCUCUGCUUCUACAGAAAACCGGGGACUCUGCUGCAUGGUAAAGUGUGGCAGACUCUUAUCUCUUAUUUGGCAAGCAGGACUUUGACCGUUAGGGUUCACAAUGGCAGUAACAAUGUUUUUUGGUUUGUUUGUUUUUUCUGAAGCGGUACCCGGCACGUUGAAGGUGCCGUUAUCACCCCAACAGAAGCUCUACAAAUCAGCUCAGGACAUCUCUAAUUACUACAAAACCAAUAAUUAACCAAUCAGGAAUAGCCCCGCCCCCUGCAUUGUGUCUCGUGGCGGUGUUGUAAAUGUUGUCUCUCGUGGUGUCACCAUUGAUCAGUUUCUCACAGCUUUGUACGACGUUAACUGUGUGUUAAUAUUCAGCAGGUCUGGAAAUAAAACGGCACAAAAACCUGUUUCAGGGUCACAGAGUGGAAUUAGUUCCUGUUGGUUCUUCAUCAGAAACACGCCCUUUGUUUUUACUUUAUUUUAUUUUUGUCUGUAACACAAAGUUUAACAUGUUUUCUUCAUUUUUAUAUAAAACACAAGACGCUCUGUUUUCCAGACGUAUACUGGCCUGUGUUGGACAUUUCUUCUGGUACAUUUAACCAUCGUUGCCAACUGAAGUCUUUCUGUUUGAUAAUAUUUGUUUGUUAAUUUAGUAACCGACUCAAUAAAUGUGCCUAACAUAGAAAA